AUCGGAACGCACACUCGCGACGAAGGCCCGCCUCCUUGCGUGUGGGCAGCCAAUCGGCGUUGAGCGCUCCUCAGUAAUGCGGUGAGUCCGGUCUGCUCCGGGAAGCGAUGAUGCAGGAGCUCUGAUGCUCUGUCCGCACGUCUGGAUGCUCGAAAUAAAACCAUGCCGCAGCCUAAAUCCCGGAAAAUCGCCGUGUUGGGCUACAGGUCGGUGGGGAAGUCGUCUCUCACCAUCCAGUUUGUGGAGGGACAGUUCGUCGACUCGUACGACCCCACCAUAGAGAACACGUUCACCAAGACGAUGACGGUGAACGGUCAGGAGUACAACCUGCAGCUGGUCGACACGGCCGGACAGGAUGAGUACUCCAUCUUCCCUCAGAGCUACACCAUCGACGUCGACGGUUACAUCCUCAUCUACUCUGUAACGUCCUACAAAAGUUUUGAGGUGGUCAGAGUGAUCCAUGAGAAGCUGCUGGACAUGGUGGGAAACGUCCAAGUACCAAUCAUUUUAGUUGGAAAUAAGAAGGACUUGCACAUGGAGAGGGUGAUCAGUUUCGAGGAGGGCAAAGCUCUGGCAGAGUCGUGGAACGCCGCCUUCCUCGAGUCUUCAGCCAAAGAAAACCAGACGGCGGUGGAGGUGUUCAGGAGGAUGAUCCUGGAGGUGGAGAAGAUGGAGGCGGGUCAGCCGCAGAAUCGGACUCCCUGCUCUAUGAUGUAGCUUCCAAAAACCUCGCCCCCCCAUCACCGUCCACUGCAGCGACUGACGGCCCAGCAGGCAGCAGAGACCAGCUCCGAGGUCCAGUUACUGUGUUAACUGCUUCCAUGUUAGUCCUGUCUUCUGUUGACUCGUCAUGAAGAGCUCACACCAAACUCUGUUCAAAAAGUCCCUGAUUUAAUGAUGAUCUGCACAGUGGGAAACUAAAACACAUGUUUUCUGUCCAUGAGCACAAAGAAGCACUGUUAAAGCCUCAUGGGAAAUGUAGUUGUUAAAUGCCAACAGAAUAAUCCCUGUUUUAUCCUCUGUUAAACCUGAGGACACAGAAACCUGCUCCACACUCAGUGCUGAUGUUUCAGACUGAACUGUGAACUGUAGAUUUUGAACAUCAGCAGUGAGCUGGAUGUUUGAGGGUUCGGACUCUGCUGAGUUUACAGGGACUGUGUUAAAUAUUGAUUUUUGAAUAACGUCCCGCUCUGUGAAAAUACAGCAGAGGGCAGUAGUGAGGGGGUUGAAAGGUGAUUUUAUUUCACUUUCACACACUGAGCAUUUGUAACAGGCAUCAGGUCUUCUCUCACAGCUUCAGGGUAGUGGCUAAUUUGCAAGACGACACUAAAUGAACAGAUUUUCAAAUGGGGUUUGGUUUGAUGUCUGCUGUAUAUCAAGGACCUGGAAUAAAACAUUUGACUGGAGCAAAGCCAGAAAAUAUUCAGAUGGAGAAUGCAUGAAUUAAGGAAGAAAGCUGUAAUCACGACUGGAUUUAUUCACAUUAUUCAGCAGUUUAUCACUGUUUUUAUUUAUUGACCACAUGUUGAUCAGGACACUGCUGCUCCCCUCACCUCAUCACUCUUCUAUUAAAACCCUUUUAUAUGUGAAGAAAAGAGAUCUUUGUGUUUCUAUGAUUGUUCUCAUUAAAGCUCUGUUCUGUUGUUUGGCUAAAA